AUGGCCCCGUCAUUGCCUGUGAUUACACAGAGGCGACCGCAACGGAAGCCUACCGGCCACGAAAGUGCACAGGGCCGCAGGCUGCAUGGGGUGGAGAGCUUGCCAGUGUUGCAGCAAGCGCCGGUGGUCACAACUGUGCACGUUUAUGAGCACAUUCACGAUCACCAUCACUUCGUUUUUCAAAGGCGGCGAAGGUCCUCCUCCGUGCCAUCAGUACUUGAGCCACUGCCUGAGAGGCAGAGGCCCUCGAUUCCAGAGGUGGCCGUGUUACCUGCCUGCGAGGCAGAACGAGUGGAGUGUGUGUUGCAUUCGCCGCCUCCGCACCCUGAUGCGGACGACAGUUUGCACCUACCACUGACGCUGGGACCAGACCACAGCUCGCAGAGCAAUGAUGAUGCAGACGGCGGCAAAACGUCUCAGCCCUUGCAGAGUAGCAGUCUGUUGCAGGUGCUGCCGGAUCGAUCUCGAGGGCUGGAGAGCCGUGGCUCUGUGGCCUCUUCGCGUUUGUCCUCUUGGAAUGUCAGCGAUGGCGAUUCCAAAUCACGGGGCAGCAAGGAGCCGCCUGCAAAGCUGCGGCGGGUACGGUCAGUGAAUAAGCUGCAAGCGCCCGAGGACAAGCUUUCGACGAGGCUCCGAGUCCUGGAAGCCGAGAGCCGUUGGUCCGAUCGACGCAGAGACUUGCGACGUUACAUUCGAGAGCUGCCGGAUAGCUCGAAGUCGAAGGCCAAGCAGAAACUUGUAGGCCAACAGGUUACGGGCACUCUCAUCGACAAGACUCGGCUGGAGACGCAGAAGGCAAGGGACACCCAGGAAAAUCGUGACAUUGUCCACCACAUCGAGAAAGAGAUCCAUGCCUGCAGCCGCUCCCGGCACAAAGUUAUGCGCAUGCAAGCUGCCCUACGGCGCCGACUUGGGAUGCAUUCCGUGGAGCUGAUGGAGUGGCAGCGUGAGGGCCAAGGAAACGAAGCUGGAACGAAUCGGGAGGAGGCUCCUCCCGACAGCAAUGAUGUGAGGGACACCUGGAUGGCAAGAAGCAUGGCUCCCGUCGUGCUUUUCUUGGAUGAGCUGGAUGCGCUCGGUGCCGCAGCCGGAGAUUCUCAGGAGUAUGUGCAGACUCUGAACCAGAUCCUCACGGAGCUGGAUGGGUUUCACGGGCACAGCGAUGGCAUUGUCAUCCUUGGGGCCACGAAUCGGCAAGAGGCCAUUGAUCCCGCAUUGUUGCGACCCGGUCGUCGGGGUUUCGAUCGAUUUAUCCAGGUGGACCUCCCAGAUGAGGACGCCGAUCUCCGAAAUCUGAGCACCAAAGAGUAUGUCCAGAUCCGCUUGCAGGGAAACAAGCUGUCUUACCAUUCUGGCAUGUCCCACCAGGAGGAGCGGCAGACGAGCAUUUGUCAGUGGAGGUUCGAGGCCAAGAGUUCUAAGCGCUUGUUCAUGCAGGUGCGGGUGCUUGUGGGUCCUGCGCGCGUUCGCGCUUUUGUGUUUCUGCGAGCACUUUCGCUGGUCAAGAACCUGCAAGAGAGAGGUGGGGAGGAAGGUUUCAGUGGUGCAGAGCUUGCCAACGUCGUGAACGAGGCAACGAGACAUGGCAACGUGCUGGAUUUCUCCGAGGCCCUGGACCGCCGCAAGGUGCGCCACCACCAGCUUGAUCUCUGUUCAAGGGUGGCACGAAAGGCCGUCGGGUGCACCAAUGGUGCUCUGAAUGGCGACUUGAACGGCCUAGGAUCACAGCAGCCUGAGAGUCGCCGCAGUGGCUCGACAACGGACACCAAAGAGACGCAUGUGGGGGAAAGAGAAAACAAGGAAGGCUCUUCGGGCGAGUAUACGGAAUACGAUGCCACUGGCACCACACCAAUCCAAGGGGGCAUCGCAUACUUCUCAAAACUUCGCGUGAUUUAUGCUGAGCACUCAAACGUGACUGCUGUAGCAAACAUCACUUUGCGGGGAUCCACGGAGACGGUGGUGGAGUUCUUCGGCUAUGCCAUCAACAGCAUCUUGUACCAGCGUGGGGUCUACCCUCCAGAGAACUUCACCUCUGUGGCCAAGUACGGAUUGUCUAUCCUGGUGACAAAGGAUAAGGGCCUCCAAGAAUACUUGGGUGAGGUCCUGAAGCAGCUGAGGGGCUGGAUGAUGGUUAGCCAGGUGAAAAAGCUGGUGGUGGUUGUAGCCUCGCAGGUGACAGAAGAGACGCUGGAGCGCUGGACCUUUGACGUGCAGGUGAAUGAUGCAGCCACCACUGCUUUGGCAGUGCCUCAGAGCCAGGCCGACAAGGUGCGGGAGCAGAAAGAGAUCCAGGCCAUCAUCCGCCAGAUUACAGCCUCUGUCACCUUCCUUCCUCUUCUGGACGAGCCUUGCACGUUCGAUCUGCUGAUCUACACAGACCGCGGGGCAGAGGUCCCCUUGGCCUGGGCGGAGAGCGAUCCCAAGUACAUAGUUGGUGACAGCGAGGAGGUCAAGCUCCGCUCCUUCACAACCAAGAUCCACAAGGUGGAUGGUGCGGUGGCGUACCGCUACUGUGAAGCUGGUGCCUAG